UGUCAAUGUGACACCCUUACCACUUCAUCCGACCUGAGUGUCGAUUCCCGACAGUGACCAUGCGCGCCUCCCUCUUUCGACUCGCCGAGAACAUCUCCCAACACCCGAUCAAGCUCGCGGAAGUCAGCUCCACCCUCUUACCCCCCAUUACACUGUAUCGAGGCAUACUACGCGCCCACCGCCAUCUACCCCAGGAUCUAAGGUUCAUGGGAGACGGAUACGUCAAAGCCGAAUUCCACCGGCACCAAAACGUGACGAAUCCGGUCCAUCUCAUGGGCUUCCUCGUAUCGUGGAAAGCGUACCUGGACGAGAUACCGACGGGGCCAGGUGGGAGGGAGGGGUUCCGGGGCAAGAAGCUGGAUCCGACUGUGUUCGAUAAGAUGUCGAAGGAGCAGCUGGGGCAGCUGUACGAGCUGCUGCAGGCCACGAAGGAGCUUAGGUAGCUAGUUAAGCCGAUCGUGAACACCGUGACCACACAUUGUUUUCCUGGUCCCACUCUGGCUAUGCGUAGCAGGUUACAAGAGGGAACACUGCGUUUCUAGGCAGCCCCUACCUCCUGCUCAAACUCCGUUGGAAGCCGGCUAGAAUGGAAUGUUGUUAGAAAGCGUAGUGGUUUCGGCCCAUCAACAGCUGUGGUUCUUUCCUCCCGGAUCCUAUGCCAACUCUAACAACGCAAAUGACUAUCUGGUUUGGCAAAGACCACACAGAGCGAUUGAAGUGUGCACCAUGACAACUCCCUCAAGCUGC